AUGGAUAAGGUUCUCGCUAAAUAGGGCAUUAUAUUGUUGGUAAAUUAACAAAAUUUAUAUCUUGAAGGUAGGUCUUUGGGUUAGGGAACUUUUGGAAAAGUCAGGCUAGGUACACACAUGCUGACAGGAGAAAAGGUGGCCAUUAAAAUUCUAGAAAAAGACAAAAUUAAAGACUAAUCUGAUGUCGAAAGAGUGACUAGAGAAAUACAUAUACUGAAAAUAGUUAGACAUCCAAAUGUCAUUUAACUUUACGAGAUAAUUGAAACAUCAAGAUAACUAUUUUUGAUUAUGGAAUAUGCAAGUGGAGGUGAACUCUUUGAUUUUAUAGUUAAAAGAAAGAGGUUAUAAGAAACUGAUGCAUGCAAAUUUUUCUAGCAGAUAAUAUAGGGGGUCGAAUAUAUACAUAAAUUAAGGAUUUGCCAUAGAGAUUUGAAGCCAGAAAAUCUUUUACUAGAUGAAAGGAACAAUAUCAAAAUAGUUGAUUUUGGUUUAUCAAACAUCUACAAGGAAGGAGACACUCUUAAAACUGCAUGUGGAUCUCCUUGUUAUGCAGCACCUGAAAUGAUUGCUGGCAAGAAAUAUUAAGGGCUUAUAUCUGAUACAUGGAGUUGUGGCAUCAUACUCUAUGCAAUGGCGUGUGGUUAUUUGCCUUUCGAAGAUCCCAAUACAAAUAAAUUAUAUAAGAAAAUUUUGAGCUGUGAUUAUUUGAUUCCAGGAUUUAUCUCGGCUCAAUGCAAAGAUUUAAUCAAGAAAAUAUUGAAUACUGAUCCAAACACUAGGAUUUCAAUGAAAGAUGUGAAAGCUCAUGAAUGGUUUAAUCAGGUAAAGUUCAUUUAAACUGAAGGAAUUCUUGUUGGAAAGGAUAAAAUCCCUGUGAUUGAGGAAGUAAUGACCAAACUAGUAGAUCAAUUUGGGCCUGAAUCAAAUCCUUAAAAUUUGUAAUUCGUUCUGAAUAAUAAGCAUAAUCAGGUGACUUCAACAUACUAUCUAAUUGUUAAGAAAAUGGAUCGAGACUUAGGAAAAAAUCAUUUAUUUGAGUUAUUCAACAAGGAGAAGCGCAAAUUGAAUAAUAUGAACAGUACUUCAUAGAUGAGCUUUGGCACACCUUAAACCAAGAUAAAUUUACCUUAGAAAAUGUCUCUAAACUAAACAGUUUCUAGUGGAUUUUCAAGAGCAAUGGCUUAAAACUCUACAAAGUCUGAUGGAAAAAACUAAAGAAAAUCUGAUUAAAUAACCAACCCUGUGACAAAGAUUUAUCUUGAAUAAAUGGAUAAAAUCUAUACAAAGAGGACUGAAUCUACUGGGCAAACAAGAGCCUCAGAUAGUUUGACGAACUACGCAUAGAUUCAAUAAAUUUAAGAUCGUCCAACUAAAUCUGGAAAUGGCUUUGAAACUAAAGCAUUCUAAUAAAGGCAAUACUAAGGAGUCAUUAGGGCUACCUAAAGUUAAUCGCCUGAUAGUAAGAUAAUUAGUUUAGAAGCCAAAGAUAAGAUGACUGCUUCUGCUGGAGCUCCCCUAAAUAAUAAUUAGACCUUAUUUAUGGCAGAUAGACUUAGAAAAAAUAAUCAUUAGAAUAAUAGACCCUCAAGUAUCGAUGAAAAUCUUGGAAAUAUGAUUAUUGCCUCUACUAAUGAUUCAAGAAUCCAAGAAAUUCUUCCAAAUGUAUAGAGAUCUAAUAAUAAUAAAUCAGCAAACAUGAGAUAAACAAUGUACAAUAACCCUUACCUUAAUAAAUUGAAUAAUUUGAUCAAUAAACAACAUGUAGUUUUAGCAGAAGGAUCAAUUAAUAGUGAUAAUCAGACAAUGAGACCUAUUCAAAUAAAAGAUUAGAAGAAAUAAGAGAACAGUUUUCUUAUCACGACGUAAUACAAGACAACUCCAAAUACAAAUUUGAAUAAUAGCACAAAUAAUCCAAGCAAUAUAAUUCAAGCUACAACUACUAAUUUUCAUCCUAUUUCCAAUAAUAAUACAGUUAUUUCUAAAGCUUUAGCUUAACAAAAAGUAAGAAAAUAUAGGAAUUAAAACAGAAAUAUCUCCAAUAACAUCGUUAGCGAGGCGUCUUAUGAAUUAAACUAAACUUAACCUAUCGGUUAAACUAACCAAGAUAACAGCUAUUCAAGCAUUACAGAUCAACGGUAAGGUGGAGACCAGAAGAUGUAUACAAUUUACAGACCUAAGAAAUAAGCUAAAUUAACAAAUUAGUUUACAAACAGACCAAGUGGCAAUUAAAGUUUUGACUAUAAUAUCUCAGAAAAUGCAAGUCUUAUAUCAAAUGAAAACAUGAAUAACAGUUUUACUGGACCAAAUUCUACUUAAAGUAGAUUUUAUAAUCCUCAUAAGCAUAAUCGAUUUCUUUCUAAUAAUUACAAUACAAAUAUGAAACAGAGUAAUAUACCAGUAUUCCAAAACAAUUUUGUUGUCCCAAUCAGCUUUAAUUCGGCUAUUGCAACGAAGACCUUCUAUAAUAUGAGUAAGCCUGCUCCAAGUAAUCAUAUUUCAAAUAAGAGGCCAUCCAGUCCUAGAAAUAAUGUUGGCCCUGUUGCUUGCAAUAAUAGUAUAAAUGAGUAAUCGCAUUAAAGCACAGCAACAAAUUCUCAUUCUGGCUAUCAAUCCAACAUAAUUAACAAAUAAGUAUUAAUUCUCAAAAAGUAAGGGGUACUCCGGGAAUUGAACCCGGGACCUCCCGCACCCGAAGCGGGAAUCAUACCACUAGACCAAGUACCCAAGGUUAUACGUAUCCCCAAUAUUUCAGCCUAUGUAUCCUCAAAGCCUCAAUCUUUAUAUUGA